AUUAGAUAUAGCGGCUGCGCUACGGAGAACUCCGCGCUCUGUAUUGACUAAUAGACUCAACCCUCCAAAGCAGAGUACUAACAACACCGUCCCCUACUUUAUACUCACAGUAAACCUUUUGAAAAGUUCAGAUACUGAAUUUAUCAGAAGCAUGAGUCAAUGGCGACUAUUUUCUAUGCAAGAAUAGCAAGAGCUCUCUUGAGUUAGGGCUUGGUCUCUUUAUACAUUAUCGUGAACCACACCUGGAAUGAUGAAAAUCAAAUUGAUGAUGGGUUUAGCACUAGCAUGGAUCUGGUGAAGUACCUAAGAUGUCCAGUACAGAGUACAGAGUAGAAUGUAACUUUGGAAUCCUUUAGAAGCAGUGUCGGCCUCACGUGAUGGUAGGAAAGAGAUGAUAACUUCGGAACUGGAAAAACAUUCCACCAGCUGAGCUCGGGUCAGCUACGUAGGUUGGCACUGUGAUGUAUCUGCCUCUUCCGGUAUCUCAUUCAAAGCAGUCUGGAAGCGCAUCUGUCAACUUCUACACCAGCAAAUCUUCUUUCCCUAUCAACUUCAUCUAACCAUCCUCUACCCUCGAAUUCUCAUCGCCCAUCGCCAGCAUGGGGUCUGACCCGCAGUACAUCAAGUACCCCGAACUCACCCUCGCCCAACAUGUCUUCAAUCUUUCCAACCCAUCGUGUCCGCAGUCGGUGCGGCAAACAUCGUUGAAGAAGGUCCAGGAUGUCAUCUCCGAGAAUAAGAUGGCACCUUUCUAUAGACAUCUUGCACACCCCGUUGAAGGCAUCCUGAAUCAUACCGGUGAAGGCGUUCCCCAACACCAAGGCAGCUCAACUAAGCCUCUGAUUACCUCGAAUAUGCUGGCAUCUCGGAAGUCGCCUCAAAAGAUUGACUUUACAUGGGAUGAGUCCUUAUAUCAGUCGCUAGUCGAGGAUAAUAAGAAGGAGUUGGAUACUUUCCAAAAGGAAGAGGAUCAAGCAGAAGAAGCAGCCGGAGACACCGAGGUUCUUGCGGCCAGGGGAAAGCGCGCUGAAUUCUGGGCGCGCGUAGGAGAUAAGGACAAAGCCAUGGAAUCCCACGAAGCACUCCUCGAAAAGACGACCUUCCUCGGUACUAAGAUUGAUUUGGUGCUAGCCAUGAUCCGUAUCGGACUCUUCUUUGGUGACACCUUGUCUGUGAAGAAAAACAUUGAGCGGGCAAAUACCCUCAUUGAGAGUGGUGGUGAUUGGGAUCGGAGGAAUCGCCUCAAGGCAUACAAGGGCCUACACUUGCUCACAAUUCGCUCCUACAGCCUCGCCGCUCCCUUACUUCUUGACAGUUUAUCUACUUUCACUAGCUAUGAACUGUGCAGCUACUCUGCGUUGGUCAUAUACUCCGUCCUGGCAGGCUCGCUGUCCCUGAAGCGGGUCGAUUUCAAGGCCAAGGUUGUAGAUGCGCCAGAGAUCAAGGCUAUUCUUGGGUCUGGGGAGGACAGGAUAGCCGCUUUAACUGGUGAGGUGUCAUCCGGUCCCGGUGCACAGGAUGAGGAGAUGAGGGAUGCUUCUGUCUCAAAAGCCACUCCUGGUGCUGCCACCACUGUUGUUAAUUUGACCACCCUUGGGACUGGCUCUGGCAUACAGGCUGAGACUGAAACCCCUGUGGACUUCUCGCCUCUUGCCGACUUGGUUAGCAGUCUAUACAAUGGCAACUAUCGAUCAUUCUUCGUGGCAUUGGCCGCUGUUGAAGACAACUUCCUGACUCAGGACCGGUACUUACAUGAACACCGUGCGUGGUUUGUCCGUGAGAUGAGACUGCGUGCCUACCAACAGCUUCUCCAGAGCUACCGGGUAGUAGGAUUGAACAGCAUGGCCAACGACUUCGGCGUUACGGUCGACUUUUUGGACCGGGAUUUGGCCAAGUUUAUCGCUAGCAACCGCAUCUCAUGCACUAUCGACCGAGUAAAUGGCAUUAUUGAAACCAACCGCCCCGAUGACAAGAACAAGCAGUACGCCGACGUCGUCAAGCACGGCGAUGCUCUGAUUACAAAACUUCAGAAAUACGGCCAGGCUGUGCGCCUGCGCGGAAGUGAACGGAGCUAA